AUGGGAAUUGUAUUAAAUAAUUCAAUUUUUUCCAUCCGAUUGUCCUUAACGGUUCUGAGAUUGGCGGGAUUUUGGUCCCCCGAGGGCAUGAAGGGUGGGCGUCGCUUACUUUACAAUUGCUAUGGUUUUGGAAUUUUCAUGUUUUUAUUGGGUACAUAUUUAAUAAUACAAAUCGUAGACUUGUAUUUAAUUUGGGGUAAUCUUCCCCUCAUGACUGGCACAGCAUUUGUCCUCUUCACUAACCUGGCACACGCUGCCAAGGUUGUCAAUAUAUUGGCAAGAAAGAAUGAAAUACAGAAUAUCAUCAACAAUGCUGACAAAGUCCUGAAAAGAGCAAGAAGUGCUGAAGGCAGGGAGAUUAUAAGAAGAUGUGAUCGAGAAACGAAGGUACAGCAACUUAUGUUCUUUUUCCUAACUUUCAUCACUACCACUGGAUGGGCCAGCAGCCCUAAGAAGAAUGAACUACCGUUACGAGCGUGGUAUCCAUAUGACACCAGAAAGUCCCCAGCAUAUGAAAUGACAUACUGCCAUCAGGUAGUAGCGAUUAUCGUGGCAGCGUUCCUGAAUGUGUGCAAGGAUACCCUGGUGACCUCUUUGAUAGCUCAAUGCAGAUGUCGUCUGCGUCUCGUCGGACUCUCCUUGAAGAAUUUGUGUAAUGAAGAAUAUCUAAUCGGAGAUUCACCAUCUGGUAUUUCGCUGACUCCAUCACCCAAAACUCUGACCUUGACACCAGUUCAAGAGGAUAAAGUGAAGACCCGUCUCCGUGCAUGUGUGAUGCAGCAUCAGGAAGCUCUGAAAGCGGCACAGCAACUCCAGCAAUGCUUCUCAGAACCAACAUUUGGACAGUUCGCAGUAUCUCUCGUCAUUAUAUGCGUGACAGCUUUUCAGCUAUUUUCUCAAACCAGUAACCUAGUUCGUCUGUUUUCUAUGGGCACGUAUCUGCUAAAUAUGACGUUUCAAGUUUUUCUCUACUGUUAUCAAGGGCACCAACUUUCUAUGGAGAGUGAAGAAGUCGCUGGAGCAGCUUACGACUUCCCGUGGUACGCGUGCGGUGUGAGCGUGCGCCGAUCUGUAAUUAUACUAAUGAGGAGAUGUCGUCGCGUCACCAAGAUCACAGCUGGUGGCUUUACUACACUGUCAUUAGCUUCAUUUAUGGCUAUAAUAAAAUCUUCAUAUUCCAUGUUCACGUUGCUGCAACAAGUCAACGAGAGACUACUAAAUGCGAUGUGGAAGAAGGACAGAAUUCGAGCAAUGUUAGAAGAGACGAACGAUGAACUAUGUAAUGAGAGUAGGCAGACAGGGAAAGAAAUCGUCAGGAGCUGUGACAGGGAGACUACCAAACAACUUUUCGUUUGCAUCGUUCUGUCAUAUACCACUGCGAUCGGAUGGGCGUCCACCGCUGAGAAAAAUCAACUGCCCUUACGAGCUUGGUAUCCGUACGACACGUCAAAAACACCAGCUUAUCAAUUGACCUACGCACAUCAGGGUGCCAUGACAGACGCGAGUAGCACAAUCGUCUCUGAACGUCUGCAAAACUGCGUGGUCCGUCACCAAGCCGUCUUGGCUCAGACAAAGCGUUUGCAGAACUGCUUCUCGGCAUCUAUCUUCGCGCAGUUUUGCGUUUCCAUGAUCAUUUUAUGCGUGACGGCGUACCAACUAGCGUUUGAGUCAACCAGCUUGGCUCGCGUCAUUUCUAUGGUGGCAUAUUUGACGGUCAUGAUGCUGCAGGUAUUUCUCUACUGCUAUCAAGGAAACCAGUUGGUUGAGGAGAGUGAAGACGUCUCUGGUGCAGCUUACGAAUGCCCCUGGUACAUUUUAAGUAUACCGAUACGUCAGUCACUUCUCCUUGUAAUGACAAGAACUCGACGCGCGGCGCGGCUCACUGCUGCAGGCUUCACGGAAAUAUCGUUAUCAACUUUUAUGUCUAUAAUUAAGGCAUCCUACACGUUCUUCACUGUUCUUCAGCAAAUGGAAGAAGAUUGAAUUCAUCUUGGAAAAUUAAUUCGUUAUUUAUAUUAACUUUCACGAUUUAGA